AUGGCGGCGACAGUGCCGGCCUCAUACGGAAACACCACGAUCGAUCAUCAGCCAGAACUGGUUGACAGUGACCGGGAUGCAGAGGGUGACGAGGACGAUGAGUUAUAUCCUGCCCUCCCACCAUCUGCAACUACCGUAUCUCAGGGAAUUGACGAUAGGACGCCAAAUGACCGGAAGGAUGUUGAGGCAAUCGUAACCAAUGAUCAAGAAUCUAAUGAGGUUGAUAUAAGGCAGCCAAUUCAGGAUGGCUCUGCUGGGGAGGAUGAUAUACCAGACGCCAACGAUAAGAAUUUUGUUGCUGAUGUUGAUGUUGAUGAUGAUGAGGAGACUGAGACUGUCGGGGCUGUAAAGUUCCCAGACGGUGAACCCAACUCCGACAUCGAUGACGCAGACGACGAUCCUGGUGACCCAGAUGCUGCGUUUGAAAACGAAUCCAGCGAGUCGAAGGUGAACUCCAAUAUCGACUCUUCUGAAGAAUCAGAAGUAGAUGAGGAAUGGGAGGCCGAAAGCAAUGACAAAGAUGAUGUGGAUGCAGAUGCAUUAAAUCCAAACAAUUGCAUAGUCUGUGGCCAAGAUGAGGAACAUGAUCCGGGUGAAGAAUUCGAGGACUAUUUAUCCUGUGCUGUUUGUGGUGAUCAUUGUCAUCGUCAAUGCGCGCGAGAACGAGGAGCUUUAAAUAACGAAGAAGAUGCUGAAAAUUGGAGGUGCCCCGGCUGUGUUAAAAACAAUCUGGAACCUGACAAGCCUGUGGAAACCGCAUCCCGACGAAAAUCUGGCACAUCUAACUUCGCAAGAGAUCUACUACCUGCACAUAACAAAGAGCUGGGACCAGAAUCUCAUUCCAUUUUCAGCUCAUUAAUUGUCGACGAUGAUCCGUUGGAUGGUUCGAGAUCACUCCGGAAACGCAGGGCUUCGGAUGAUGUUCCCGAAAGUUCCAACACGGCCCCUCAAAAGCGACAAAAGAAAACGCCCACCAGAUUCGAGGGGAUGAUCCCGACUCCUCUGCCCAGGAACAUGAAAGCAGUCCAGGCAUUAAUCGAAAUUUCUGCAGAGAACAAUUUUUCAACCCGCCAGUCAAGAUCACGCAGAGCACGGAAAACCGAAAUGCCCCUCUGUAGGAUUGUUCAGCGGCAGCAUGGAAAGAUCGUUCUUUCAUUUCGCCUAAACAGCACGAAAUUAAAUAAAAUCUUUAGUUCCCAACCAAAACCCAAAAAUUCAAGACGGAGACCUCCAAAACCACCUCCAGCAGCUGAGCCACACCAAUCGCACUUUCACCCUGUUACACCUUUGCCAUACAGUGCUCCCUUCUACUCCUUUCACGACCGGGAGAACGAUGAAUUGAAAUCAAAACCGUACGGAGGAAUAUUAUCAGAAGCUGAUGCUGACACAUCAAAAACACUUCCUCUUGCCCCAGAUCGUGAGAAGUUCGAGGCUGCUCGUAAAAAAGCCGAAGAAGAAUGGAGGCAAAAAAUGAACGCUGCUGAGCAAGACGGGGAGUCCGCACCUCGUGCUUCACAAAAGGUCUCCGGCCCACCAAGUAAAAUUAAAUACAUAAGCUUUGGUGGUUAUGAGAUUGAAACAUGGUAUGCUGCGCCCUAUCCAGAAGAGUAUAGUAGAAAUCGAGUUCUCUACAUUUGCGAAUUCUGCCUCAAAUAUAUGAAUUCGGAUUUCGUCGCUUGGCGCCACAAACUCAAAUGUCCGGCGAAACAUCCGCCUGGAGACGAGAUCUACCGUGAUGGAUCUGUCUCUGUUUUCGAGGUUGACGGCCGCAAGAACCCGGUAUAUUGCCAAAACCUUUGCUUGCUUGCGAAGCUCUUCCUCGGGUCUAAAACUCUCUAUUACGACGUCGAACCAUUUCUAUUUUAUGUCAUGACCGAAUAUGAUGAGUUGGGAUGUCACUUCGUCGGCUACUUUAGCAAAGAGAAGAGACCUAGCUCGUCAAAUAAUGUAUCUUGCAUACUAACUCUCCCCAUUCACCAACGGAAAGGCUAUGGCAAUCUUCUGAUUGACUUUUCCUAUCUCUUGACAAGGGUGGAACGCAAAACAGGGUCUCCGGAAAAACCCCUCUCAGAUAUGGGACUUGUUUCCUAUCGCAAUUACUGGCGACUUGUUUUGUCAUACCAGUUGCGGCAUCAAAAAUCUCCUGUUAGCAUUGCGGAACUUUCAGAACGUACCGGUAUGACAGCGGAUGAUAUCGUAUCAGGUUUAGAAGGACUGCGGGCCUUAGUUAGGGAUCCCCAGACAAAAACUUAUGCCCUACGGCUAAAUUACGCAUAUUUUGAGGAAUAUAUUCAAAACUGGGAGAAAAAAAAUUAUAUACGGCUGAAUCCAAACGCUCUUGUUUGGACUCCCUACGUUAUGGGUCGCAGCAAUCAGUCACAUUACGACCGGGCACCUCUACAUACGGUCGCUCCGCGAGACGAGAAUGACGGCGACGGUGAACUAGACAUUAAAGGCAGCGGCGAUAACAAUGUUUAUGGUGCCAGCAAGUUGGAGAACAUGAAUGGCGAUACAUCUAGCUCGCAAGACGGCAUGUUCAACGGACGCAACCGAGCUACAUCUGCCUCUCCUCCAUUUGAUCCCCCUGGCCCACCGUCCAUGAAUGUAAUGCCUCUUCGUGGCUCUUCGUCGAGGCAAACUAAUGGUGCCAGCACUCCGUCAACAUCGUCCUCUAUGCUCAAUCCAGCAGCUGGGAUCCCUCCCACACGAUUCGAAAUAUUCCCUCCCAUUCAAGGAACUGUCACGAAACGACGACCUGGUCGACCUUUUGGCUCAACACGUGCCAACAAGUAUAAAGGACGCGCAAUUUCGGCUGCGGCUACGGCUCCGGCAACCGCCCGGACAAGUGGUCGGAGUACUCCGAAGCGAACCACCAGCCAGAUUACCAGCACUCUAACGCCUUCAAGUAGAGGGUCUCGCCUCAGAAGGGGGAGAAGCAGUAAGCUAUUUGAUAACAAUGAUGCUGACGAAACUAUGGGAGACGGCAUCGACAGCAGGGAAAUUGGCGAACUUGAGCAAUUGGGAAUGUCGGAAUGUUGUCCGGCGCAAAUUGAUACGGCUGGUGUGGAUGUUGAGGCGAAAGAGGAAGUCCGUUCCAAUCACAGAGCCGAUGAUGAUGAUGCUUCCUCUGAGAGGGAUGUCCAAUCAAAUGGCAAAGGCAAAACUGCUGGUGCACUCGAAGAUGGCAACACCAAUAUUGACAAGGUUGCAUGCACUGUCUCACCAACCGGAGUCAGCAAAGUUCACAAGAGCCGCACCGCGGAUAUAGAUAUCGUGAACCAUAAAAGUUCCCAGGGGUCUAACCACGGGGCGGACAGUUGUCUCCAGUCAGUCGACGGUAUUGGAGGAGAACCUUAG